AUGUCCGUCGACCCCUCUGACUACGAGGGACAGAGCGUGCUCCGCGUGUGUCGGAACGGAAACUCCGCGUUCGAGUCGCCGACAGCAAUCGGGGCGCCACCACUUGUCACAUAUCGCGCUAUCGCUGCAUAUUCUUGGGCCGUGAACAAUAAUCUCCUCGAUACGUACCAACUCAAGUCGCUAGAUGGCAUUGCCGAUGGUGUCAACGUGGAGGAGCUGGCAGUGACGAGAGACGGCGACAGACUAAGGGUCGUCAUAGCCGACAAGCAUGGCAACGACGUCACGACGGAUAACUACGCACUGAGAGAGCCGUACGACAGAGUCAUCAACUGCCUGGGCUUCAAAUACGACUUCUCGCUCUUCAACGGCUCGCUUGGCGUGCAGCGGGGGUCGGGGGCACGCGCCAAGUACCCGGCGAUCGGCGACAACUACGAGGCGACGACCGUUCCGGGAUUGUUCUUCGUCGGAGCGAACACCCACUCCCUCGACUUCCGCCGAUCCGCCGGGGGGUUCAUCCACGGAUUUAGAUACACCGCGAGAACGCUACACAAGAUACUCGAGAGACGUAACCACGGCGACGCAUGGCCCGCCUACUCGCUGCGCGCGACUGAGAUCGUCGCCGCGAUACUGCGCAGAGUGAACGAGGCGUCCGACCUCUACCAGAUGUUCGGGGUGUUGGCCGACGUCAUCAUGCUCAGAGACAACAAGCGGAGGGCAGAUUACGUGGAGGCGUUUCCGAUCAACCUUCUGCCGGAGUUUGCUGCGAUAAGCGGGAUAGAGGCUGGUCCGGUGAUCGUCAUCGUCCUCGAGUACGGCAAAAACUUCUCGGGAGAGGGGAAGGACCCGUUCCACAGUCAGCGAGCUACUGGAAGCUACAGCCACGCGCACCUCUCUAACUUCCUCCACCCGGUGCUGUACUACUAUGACGCACUACCGACCGCCGCGGACAUGGCGAGCAAGCCGAUUGGCUGGCUGCUGCCGAGGCCCCGCCUCCUGCACCACGUCGUCGAGGACUUCCUCACCGAUUGGACGGCGCUGUCGUCGCACGUCGCCCCGCUGCGGCAUUUCGUCGACGACGCGCUGCAGGUAGACACCAGGUGGCGCUUCACGGAUGAGUGCUUCGCGCUGCGUCUGACGCAUGCCUCGCUGCCGUACGCCUGCGAAGAGUUCUACAUGGCGGGGCGCGGCCUGGUGCCGACGACGAAGCAUCAGCGCCACCUGGCGAGCCAGGAGUACGCGCUCAGCGAGUGACGUCGCAGAGAGGAGUAUGAGGCGUUGGCGUCUCGGUGAACAAGUGAACGUCCGACGUCGUAUUAUGGUAGGCACAAUGCCGCGCGUCGUCUCGGCGAACACGAGAACGUCGCGAAUCAUCUUGGUGAACAAGAGAGCAUCACGGCACGACGUGUCGCCAGAUGCAGCUUCGCGAUUGGCUAGUCGUGUGAAUGAAUUACUUACCCCAUUUUAAAGAGUUCUAUGUUUUUUGAUUGUUUAACCGUAAAUGUAUAAUAUAUAUAUAUGGCUAUAAAUAAUAUAUAAUAUGUAAUAUGUGGUUUCCAAAGCAGCUAUUGUAUAGUAUACAUAUAUACAUGUAUUUGUGUGCGAUGCCUAUUGUGUAUGAGUUAUUUAGAAGAACCAUUACUUAUUAAUCCUUGACUAUUGCAGGCUUGUAAUGAGUCUAAUAGGCAGCAGCCACCAACUAGUGCAGUUUACACACUAGUUCCCACAUUAGAUGGCGCUGUUGGAUAAUUAAAUUAUCACCAGUAGAUGAAAUGUGAAAAUUUAUGUGAUCUUAUUUCCUCAGCGAUGUGUAUGAUAAAAGAAUCACGGUUUGCAGAAUUCUGACUAAAUCGAAAUUCAAAACAUCAUCCUAAUACAUAUUAUCAGGAGUGUAUAAUAUAGAGAUAUCUCUAUAAUAAUAUCUCUAUAUUACACUCCUGAGUCCUGAUAUUAUCUUACAAAGGUGUGUGAUGACAGGGUGUUGUAUACAAAUAUUUAUGUAUACACAUGAAUGUGGAUAUGUACUCGUCGUAUGUGAUGGUAUGUCCAUAAAAGUUUGACAAAUAUGUUUUCAUAGCCUUGACCACGAAGCUAGAUCUGUCACGGUGUCUCAUUACCUCCGCCCAACAGAGUUGGAGGAGGUUAUGUUUUCGCUCUCGUGUGUUCGUGUGUUCGCGCGAUCGA